AUGACCGCUGUUGCUGAGUGGGACCCUACUAUGGCUCAACGGUCUAGCUUCGUCCCGCCGCCAGUCCCCACUCUCGCUGCAUCUGCAGUCCACGCCCUCGCGCGCCUCCGCACCAGCUCCUCCUCCUUACGGAGCUCACUCCGAGGCAUUGCUGGCAACCAUGUUAAGGGCCUGGAAUUCUGGAAGACGAACCCUCCUCCCACUACUGCAUUGGUGCCGACGGGACCGGUCAACGCCUUUCAUCAGCUGUACAGGCUCGCCAUCUUGGAUUAUCUCGGCCCAAAGCGUUUCGCCAACUCGCUCGUCUUACGGUGUCUUCCAAUUGUUCAGGGCACCACUGUCAUGACCGAUGUGACCGAUGUGUAUGCGGGUGAGUACCUUGACAGUUCUCGUCCUGCAUCAAGUGGGCAGGCCGCAGAACUGUACAAUCGUGGCAAGUAG